AUGCCCCUCCUCCCCCUCCUCGGACGCCACGCCCUGAUCACCGGCGCCUCCGGCUCCAUCGGCGCAGCAAUAGCCCACCGCUUCGCCGCAGAAGGCGCCCUCGUAACCCUGACAGGCCGCAACGAGUCCGCCCUCCGCAAGACCCUCGCCUCGCUGUCGCCCUUUCCGCAGGCCCGCCUCUCGCCCAUCUCAGCGGCGAAACAGUCGGCGCUGACGGCCGAUCCGCCGCGGCACGAGUACAGCAUCCUCGACCUCUCGCGCAGCGAGGGCAGCCUCGAGCGGCAGCACGCUGUGCUGGAUGCGAUCUGGGCGAGGACCGGCCAGAUCGACGUGCUCGUCAACGCGGCGGGCGUGGCGCAGUGGCAGCUUCUGCAGAACACGCCCAUGGAGGAGGCGCAGGCGCUGAUGGACGCAAAUCUGCUGAGUGCCGUCUUGACGUCGAGGUACAUGGCGCGACAGAUGAAGCGCCGCAGGGCCGAUCGUGACGGUAAUACAUUUCGAGCAGCAACGCUCGGGGUAAACCAUUCGCUGAGACAAACUCUAGCAUGUAUCAUCAACGUGGCCAGUCUUCUUGCCCACAAGGGCACACCCGGCACGAGCGUUUACGCGGCAUCCAAGGCCGGUCUCUUGGGACUCACCCACGCCCUUGCUGCUGAACUCGCCCCUUUCAAGAUCCGAACCAACGCCAUCGUCCCCGGCUACAUUCAAACCGAAAUGAUUGCCAGUAAGCCAAGAUCCUGGGCCCUCCGAGUCCGCCCCUUGCCGCCCCAAACCCUUGCCCGUGACUACCGCAGGCCGACGUGA